AAACAAAUAGAAAAAUGAUGAAUGACCAAAAUUCUCACACCUUUGUCUCUAUAAAUAGCUAUGCCUAUCAUCCUUGUGUGCAGACAAAAAAACAGAUAGACAAUAUACUAGUGUUUGAUUAUUAGCAAAUGGAUAAUUCCUCAACCAUUUCCUUUCAAACUCAGCUGCCAUGGGGCUCCCAUGAUUUUGCCAUCUCCACACUUGUUUCAUUUCAUUCAACACUUGUCCUAGUGCUUCUCUUUGCACCCCUUGUCCUUGUCAAAUUGAAAUGCACUACUAGAAAGAAUUACAGCAACCGAGCACCUCUCCCUCCAGGGCCAACUCCCUGGCCCGUCAUUGGAAACCUUCCUGAAAUAUGGAAAAACAAACCUGCCUUCAGGUGGAUUCAUGGCCUCAUGAAACAACUCGAUACUGACAUUGCUUGUAUCCGCCUGGCAAACAUUCAUGUCAUUCCUGUCACUUCACCUGAAAUCGCUCGAGAAUUCUUGAAAAAAUAUGAUGCUGUUUUCGCAUCGAGGCCACUUACAAUGGCAACUGAGUUGGCUUCUCGCGGUUUCUUGUCAACCAUCUUGGUGCCAUGGGGAGAUCAGUGGAAGAAAAUGAGAAGGGUGGUUACUUCUAACAUAAUGAGACCAGAAACACUAAGCUGGUUACUCCAUAAGAGAACCCAAGAAGCUGAUAAUCUUGUUAGGUUCAUUUACAACCAAUGCGUCAACCCUGAAAAUGACAGUUCCAAUGGCUCUGUCAUAGACCUAAGACUUGCAGUUAGGCAAUACACUGGCAAUGUCAUCAGGAGGAUGAUGUUCAACAAAAGAUACUUUGGCAAAGGCAAAGAAGAUGGAGGGCCUGGGCAUGAAGAAGAAGAACACGUCGAAUCAAUCUUUACAGUGCUCAUUCACCUUUACUCUUUCGCCCUAUCAGAUUAUGCACCCUGGCUGAGACCAUUAGAUUUGGAGGGUCAUGAAAAGAUUGUGAGUGAGGCUAUGAGAAUUGUCAAUGGCUACCAUGACCCCAUCAUCGAUGAGAGAGUACAACAGUGGAGAGAAGGGAAGAAGAAGGAGCCUGAAGACUUGCUUGAUGCCUUCAUUUUAGCAAAGGAUUCAGAUGGGAAGCCAGCACUUUCAGUUGAAGAGAUCAAAGCCCAAUGCUUUGACUUAAUGCUUGCAACAGUGGACAAUCCUGCCAAUGCAGCAGAAUGGGCAAUGGCAGAGAUGAUCAACCAACCCGAAACUCUCCAGAAAGCAAUCGAGGAAAUAGAUGGUGUGGUAGGAAAGGACAGGUUGGUUCAGGAGACUGAUAUUCCGAAACUCAACUUUGUAAAAGCUUGUGCAAGGGAAGCCUUCCGGCUUCACCCCAUGGCACCCUUUAACCCACCCCAUGUCUCGAACGCCGACGCCAUAGUUGCUGGCUACUUCAUCCCCAAAGGUAGUCACGUCCUGCUCAGCCGGGUAGGCCUAGGCCGGAACCCCCAGGUUUGGGACGAGCCAUUGAAGUUCAAACCUGAGCGCCAUUUGAAGGAUGGCUCGAUGGAAGUUAACCUGACAGAGACGGAACUGAGGUUCAUUUCUUUUAGUACAGGAAGGCGCGGGUGCAUAGGCGUUGCUCUUGGAUCUGAAAUGACUAUAAUGCUAUUCGCCAGGCUGAUCCAAGGUUUUGCAUGGAAGGUGCCGCCUGAUGAGGCAAAAAUUGACCUUUCAGAAUCGGAAGAUAAUCUGUUCCUAGCAAAACCAUUGCAUGCACUUGCUAAACCUCGCUUGCCUGCUGCAGUAUAUGAUCAGCUCAAUUACAAGUGAAAAGAUUUAAUGCAAGACUACUACUAAAAUAAACUGUAACUGAUUAAGUUACUUGUAUGUUAAUUUCCAUUAAUCCAGCCGUACAAGUUACAUUUCCUCGAUU